UCAAAAAUCAUAGUACAACCACCAACUAAAAAAAGCGCACGCGCACACGCAUCCCGGGCACUCUACUUCCACUAGCGCAGCCGCUGGCCGCUGCCUCUUCUCUCCUUCGCGACCCCCGAAGGAAAGCCGGAGCAGAGAGCGCCACCACUAGCCAGCUGAGGAGGCAUGGCGGGGGCCGGAGACAAGGUGGACUACGUCUUCAAGGUGGUGCUGAUCGGCGACUCGGCGGUGGGCAAGUCGCAGAUCCUCGCCCGCUUCGCCCGCAACGAGUUCAGCCUCGACUCCAAGGCCACCAUCGGCGUCGAGUUCCAGACCCGCACCCUCGUCAUCGACCACAGGAGCGUCAAGGCCCAGAUCUGGGACACCGCCGGCCAGGAGAGGUACAGAGCUGUGACAAGUGCUUAUUACAGAGGUGCACUGGGAGCUUUGCUGGUCUAUGACAUCACCAGACGCCAGAGCUUCGAUCAUAUACCCCGCUGGCUAGAUGAACUCCGAGCCCAUGCUGACAAGAACAUUGUGAUAAUGCUGGUUGGCAACAAGAGUGAUCUCGAGGAGCAGCGAGCCGUGAGCACUGAAGAUGCCAAGGAGUUUGCCGAGAAGGAGAAUCUCUUCUUCCUGGAGACCUCUGCGCUCCAGGCAACAAACGUAGAGAGUGCUUUCCAAACUGUCUUGACAGAGAUCUUCAAAAUUCACAGCAAGAAGAACAUGGUGUCGGAGCCAAAGAGCAAUGGAGUUGCCCCAGCAAUGGCAGGGACGAAGGUCCUUGUCCCAGGUCCGGCGCAGGAAAUCCCAAAGAGCAAGUGCUGCAGUUCCAUGUGAUGCUUCUACGUUUGGUGUUGGGUGUGUUCAAAAUAUUCAUGUAAUAUUGUUUUGGUUGUAAACCCCGGCUGAAAUGCUUGGAUUUUGGCGGGAUUGUGUUGGUACACUGGUGUAUUUUAGAUAUUUGUCACAAUUGUGACAUGAGGGAAGGAUGUGCUGAUGUAUUGGUCCUCGUGUUCUCUAAUUGAUAUGUUUUAUCCCUGCUGCAAA